AGGCGCUGAACGCUGCUGCCGCCAAAGAAGCCAAAGAAGCGGCGCCCAAGCCGAAGCCAAAGCCCGAGAAGGAGAAGGAGAAGUCCGCGGCCGCCAGCUUCUUCUCCUCCUGGUCGGCCAUGCUGCCGUUGGGGGACUUCUUGGCGGCGCCCGUGCCGGACAAGAAGGAGGAGCCGCUGGCGAAGGUGGAGGAGUGGACGGAGCAGGAAGUGGAAACCUUGAAGUGCAAGCUGAGGGUGUGUCGCUGGAUCCCGGCCGCCCGCCCGCCCCGGGAAUGGCUGCCAGACGUGCCCUGGAAGGGACGAGCGCAGCGGCUCUGGCGCCCCCCGGAUCUGCUGCUGAUGGCGGAGUUCUGGACCUGCGGCGCCGCCCAGCCGCUGCUGGAUCUCGAGGUGCAGCUGGUCAUCUCGGGGGAACAGAAGACCAACCUCCAGCUUGGCCUGCUGGCGUUGCUGGGCAUCCCCCGGCAAAGCCCUUUUGGCCAUCGGGUGCAAUGUGCAUGGUCCCAAUUGGAAGCGAUUCGCGCGUGGUGGCAAAAGAGCAGCCCAGACAGGACGCCUAAUGAAGGUGCUUCGGCGUGGGUUGCCACUUGCCUCUAUCGCCACGUAUAUCCCGUGAUCUUGAAGGCCAUGGACUCGGAAAAGGUUUCGGAGAAGGAAUUGGAGGAGAUCUUCGUGUGCGGCAGCUUCGUGGCGCUGGGGGACCUCAGCAGCAGCCAGGACUUUGCUGUGGCGGGCCUUCACCAGGCGCCCCGCGAGCUCGAGGCGCGGCUGGCGGUGCCCGGCCACUUCCCGGCCGCGGCCCUCGCCCGGGGCCUGCAGCGCCUCGCCCAACGCGCCGCCGCGGAGGAGCGGCAGCUGGGGGCGGCGGAGGCGGAGACGGCGGUGCGCCUGGCCAUCGCGCUCUCGGAGCGGAUCCGGCAGCAGGGGGAGAAGGCGCCCGAGGAGCUUCUGGUGCCCACGGGCACCGGACAGCUACGGCCCGCGCAGCUCUGUGUCUUCAACAACAUGGAGUGGCUGUCAGAGGAGGAGCAGCAGAAGCGGACCCGCGCGGUGACGAGCAGCGGCUUGCACUGGGUGCACCACAGCAUCUCCAACGACGUGGCGCAGUCCUUGAAGGUGCAGGGCCUCAGCACCCAAGUGGCGGCGGAGGCUCUGGCGGCCGCCGAGGAUACGGAGGAGACCGGCGCCUGGUUCGAGGCGGCCGGGCAGGCAGAGCCGCUGACCGCGCGCCUCAAGUCCCUGCUGCAGGACAUGACCGACACCAAGGACCUGGGGCUCUUCAAGGCCUUGCUGCAGAAUGCCGACGACGCCCAGGCCAACAAGGUGCAUUUCGUCUGGGACUGGCGGAGCUUCGGCCGGCAAUCGCUGCUGUCCCCGGAGAUGGCGCGGUGGCAGGGCCCGUGCUUGUGGGCCCACAACGACGCCUCCUUCUCCUCCCAGGACUUUGAGAACAUCACGCAGCUGGGCGCGGUGCAAAAACGCUCCCGCACGGCGCAGAUCGGACGUUUCGGCUUGGGCUUCAACUCCGUCUACAGCCUCACCGACCUGCCGAGUAUCCUCAGCAACGACGUGGCGCUGUUUCUGGAUCCCCACGUCCAUCACUUGAGGUCCAUGUGCGCCACGCCGGCGAAGCCGGGCAUCAAGCUGAAGUUUCUGAAGUUUGACGUGCUGGACCAGUUCCGGGAUCAGUUCGAGCCCUACCACGGCAUGUUCGGCUGCGAUCUCAGCUCCAGCACGUCCUUCCCGGAGACUUUGAUCCGCCUGCCCUUCCGCACCGCGGAAUCCGCGAAGAUCAGCGAGAUCAGCGACACAGUAACGUCGCCGGAAGGCGCCAUGGCCUUCCUGAAAGCCUUCCACGCCGCGGCGGCGGAGUGUCUCAUCUUUCUGCAGCACGUGCAGAGCAUCGAGUUCUGCUGGAUCCCGGCGGACGCGAAACCCGGGGCCACGCCCAGCAGCGUCAUGCAGAUCCAGGUGAUGCCACACGGAAUCCCCGUGUCCUUGCGCGAAAACCCGCCACUGGAAGUGAGUACGGACGAGCAAGCGCUGCAAUACCGCGGACUUUUCUCCUCGAGGACAGUCUCUCAGAGCAAGGAGAAGCAGAGCUUCAUCUCGGAGUUGAUGGGCCGUCUGGGCAUGGCCACCUCCUCUCCCGAGAUCCGGCCCUACGUCUCAUUCAACCUGGUAAUUUCCAUUGCGUGGAUGCCGCCGCCAGAUCUGCAACAGGAGUUCAAGACGGAGCCCAGCCGCCAACUCGAGGCGUGGCGGCUUAUCCUGCAGCACGACAACCCGGCGGACGAGCGCUGGGCCAGCGCCGUCUCGGAGGCCGUAGACCUCGUCCCCUUCGCCGGCCUGGCGCUUUGCCUCUCCCGGCCCCUGCGCCCUGCGGAGCCGAGGAUCAGCUGCUUCCUGCCGCUGCCCAUCCGCAGCUCGUUGCCCUUUCUGAUCAACGCCAACUUCUGCCUGCGGGACCCGUCCUCCCCGGACCGCCUGGACCUGGCGCGACAAGGCGAGAAGUCCGAUUGGAACCUGCUGCUGCUGCGGAACAUCGUGGAGCCCUUGAUCUGCAGUCUCAUCCAGGAGCAGGCGGCGGCGGUGCAGGGCUUCAGGUCCCAAGCCGCGGGGCCCACCGCGAAGCGCGAGGCGGCGGUUUGGGCAGAUGGGAUUUGCUGCCUCAUGCCUUGCAAGCCGCAGCUGCCGCAGAGCUUGCAAGAGCUCUUGAAUUUGCCGUCCAUCUACCAGUCGCUCGCAACAGCGCCGCUCUUCCCGGCCCUGCCCGUCGGCGAGCGGCGGGACUUGGCUGCGCUGCUGGACGUCGCGCGCAGCUCGUUGCUCUCCUUCGCGGACUCCGUGCAGCCGCUGGGAGAGGUGGCCAGCGAGGCGCAAAGGCAAGCCGUGCACGAGUUCUUGGGCCAGCUUACCUCGGAAGGCGGGCGCGCCUUUCUCUUCUGCUGCGUCACCCAGCCCGUGGCCGCUGAGUUUGCCGCGGCUCAGGUCCAGCGCAAGGCUGUGGUCAGCCGAAAUCUGGUGCUGUCCUGUUUGGAGCAGCACAAAGACCGCGCCGCUGGUUUGAGUGCCGCGCAGAGUGCUCAGCUCCUGGGCUUCGUGCUGCAAGACGUGGACCUCGCGCCCAAGCUGCAGAACCUCCCGCUGGCGCCCCUGUGCGAUGGCCGGGUCGCAACCUUCGACCCCAACAGUGGGCCGCUCUACCUCGCCAGCGACGGAGCUUCCGCUUCCGCCGGCGACGGAGCUGCGAGCGCGCAGCGGGUCCUGCAGCAGUUGACGCCGAAGGCGGUGCUGGACAUCUCGGCCUUGGAUGCCAAGGCCUUGCCGGCCUUGCGCCAGCACGCCGGGCAGUUGGGUCUCCACCCGGUGGAGACCUGCGAGCACCUGGGCGCCGCGCUGCGCGCCGCGGUGCCGCGGCUCUGCGCGGCGGCGGUGGAGCGGUCCUCCGUGUUGGCGUCCAUCGAUGAGACCUUGGGAGGACGGCUGCUGGGUGGAAGCUACCGCCGGGCUUCUGCGGUGUCGCUUGGCUUCGGCAACGAAGAAGCCGCCAACUCCACGCUCUGCGCUUUGUGGUCCUUCAUGGAGCAGG